AAAGAGCAUUCAUAGGUGAUCUGGAUCCAUCUUCUCCAAAGGAAAUGGAUCAGAGGUUGUUGACCUUCUUCUGAAUUCCUCUCCAAUGACCAAAUCAAUGGAAAGGCACAUACAAAAUUUCCUAAAUAAAAUAUCUAUAGCCUGUGUAGCCCUAGCCACAUUCAUUAUUCUUUUCCUUUAUCUCCAAACUCCUCAAACUUGCAUUCCACCGAACAGUCCAAUCAGCAAACCUCACCUCAAAUUCCCUUCUUCCACCUGCGACCCCUCGCUCCGCCGCCCCCAUCUCCCUCUCGCCAAGAAAAACCACCGCCUUUGGUCCUCUAAAUCCUGGCUAUCUCAACUCUCUUCCUUCACCUCCUUCUUUUCACAGCUCCAGCACCUCAAUCUCUUACAUAACCAUUCUAGGGUUCUCUGUGUCUCCGCGGGGGCUGGCCAUGAAGUCAUGGCUUUGAGUAAUAUGGGUAUUACUGAUGUUACAGGUGUUGAGUUGGUUGAUUCCUUGCCGCUAGUCCAGAAGGCUGACCCAAAUAAUUUGCCAUUUUUUGAUGGAGUGUUUGAUUUGGGUUUUAGUGCACAUUUAACGGAGGCAUUGUUUCCAUUAAGAUUUGUUGGGGAAAUGGAGAGGACGGUGAGGAAAGGUGGUGUUUGUGUGGUGGUGGUGGAGGAGUGUGGAGAGGAUGAGGUGAAUGAGAUUUUUCGAUUAUUUAGGAAUUCCAAAUUUGUUGGAGCUGAGAAUGUUACUUUAAUUGGUGUAAAGAUGACUAGAAUUAUCAUGAGAGUUGGUCUUUCUUCUCCUUCAUGAAUCCUUCUCCUUCAUGAAUCCUUUUUCUUUCUUGUUUCAUGGAUAUGUAAAGGCGACAUUUUAAUGGAUUUCCAAAGCACAAAUUUGAGUGUACCAUUCUAGAGGCAAUAGAACAUUUCCUUAUAUACGAGGGAAGAAAUGUGCAGAAUGAUGCUCAUUGUUUUCCUGCUCCAGCAUUUGGAGUAUGUUGUUGAGGAGCAGCCCACAGUGAUGCCUUUUGUCAGUGGAUGCCUAGUAACAUUCAAUUCCUAUUGGGGAGCAUGUCACAAACCUCUGUCAUUCGCUUGAGCAGUUCCUUUCACUUGGCAACAUUUGUCAUCCUGUGUUCAAAUUUAGAGGGCAUUCUGCAACUAAUGAUGGUUAAGAAAAAAAUGAAACCUCAGGUUAUUCUUUGGGGACAAGUUUCUCCAUUGAACUUACCCAAAAUAUUCUAAUAUUUUCAUACAGUAACAAAAUUUUUGUCUUUGACUAUCAUUAUUAGAUGUAUUUACUCUUGAAGAUCCAACGUUAGUGUUUAAGUAGAAUAUUAAUCUGGGAAUCUGAUUCUCAUGGUGUUAAUAAUUCUCUUCUAAUUCGUUUUAUAUCGAGGCUUUCCCUUUUUGUUCCA